AUGGCUGUCUAUUCUAAGGUCGAAGCCUUGAUGUGUAAGGUGUUCACAUCCAGUCUGGGACCCGUGGCAAUGAGAUGGUUCUACGGCCUAAGGGCAAAUUACAUAGGUUCCUUCAAGGAGCUCACUUGGGCAUUUGGCUCUCAUUUUAUUACAUGUACCAGGGUCCCUCGGCCCUUAGACUCCCUAUUGUCUUUGUCCAUGCGAGAAGGGGAGACCUUGAAAGCAUACUCGGACAAGUAUUGGGAGACAUAUAAUGAGAUAGAUGGUGACUUUAAUGACAUCGCCAUCAGUACUUUCAAAAGUGGCCUCCCAACCGAGCAUGGUUUAAGGAAGUCCCUAAUUGGAAAGCCUGUCACUAGCCUACGCCAACUUAUAGACCGGAUUAACAAGUAUAAAAGGGUUGAAGAAGACAAGCAACUAAGUAAAGGAAAGGCUAAGGUUCUAAAGAAGAUUAAGAACAAGCCAUUCUUCAAAUGGCCGAACAAGAUGGCUAAAAACCCUAUGAGACACAACCAGAGCCUUUAUUACCAAUACCAUCAGGACCAGGGGCACACUAUAGAAGAUUGCAGAAAUUUGUUGGACCAUCUGGACCAGUUGGUCCGAGAAGGAAAGUUAAAGCAGCUGCUGCACCAUUCCAAUGGCCAAGCAGGGCAGACAAGUUCAAAUCCCCGGAGAGAUGCUUCUUCAAGACCUCCUCUAGGAACGAUCAAUGUCAUCUUCAUUGCCCCUGGUAGAACCGGUUCUUGUCCCUCAAGAGUGAUGUCUGUAGCUCAACUGUCUACUGAGGAUAGCAAUUCAGAGCCAAAAAUAGCCAAAAUAGAGACCCCACUGGAUUUGGGCUUCUCGGCCGAGGAUAAGAUUGGAACUAUCCAACCCCAUGACGAUGCUUUGGUGGUCACACUCAGGAUAAGGGGUAUGAUGUGA